AUGGAACGCAACAAACGAACAAGAGCACGAUAUGAAUAUGUACCUCAACAAGCGAAAUGGACAAGGAUUUGUCCUUUGACCAAUACAUUAGGACUAUCAACUGUAGCCCUUUGUCCUGAAAAUGAAAAACGAUUGAUCAAGGAUGUGACAUCAUUCGUCAACAACAAGUCAUUCUACAAACGUAUUGGAUUGGCUUUUCGUCGUGGUUAUUUGUUUCAUGGUGAACCAGGAACAGGGAAAACAAGUUUGGUUUUAGCUCUUGCCUCACAUUUAGAAGCAUCAUUAUAUUUUAUCAAUCUUGGUUACAUUCGAUCGGAUACUGCAUUGAUUCAAGCUUUUGCCUCUUUACCUGCUAAUGUCAUUGUAGUACUUGAAGAUGUGGAUACUCAAACAACAGUUCUACAUCAUCGAACAAAUAGAAAAAUCAUCUCAUCAAAUACAGAUCAAGAAGAGACUGAUGGAUUUAACCUUAGUACCUUUUUAUCUAUUUUGGAUGGACAUACAUUGGAAGAUGGAAUUAUUUUCAUCAUGACAACCAAUCAUAAAGAAUUAUUAGAUCCUGCUGUGAUUCGACCUGGACGAAUGGAUACUCAUCUGGAUUUGACACUUGCAACUCAUUAUCAAAUGCGAAGAAUAUUCUCAAUGAUUCAACUACAUGAUAAUGGUUUGACAUUGGAUGAUAUAUUCCCCGAACUAGAAGCAAUGAUGCCUGAAUUUAUAAUUCCUCCAAGUGAAGUGAUGCGAACAAUGGUACUUUACCGCGAAAACUUGGAUGAAAUUCCUCAACAAUUGAAACUACUUGCGGAAACUUAUUCAAAGCAAAAUCGUAUUGAUUAA